UCAGAGGAGAAAAGCAGAGAAGGGGAGAGCUGUUCCCUCUCUCUGUUUCUGUUUGGCACAGAGACUCCCUCCUCUCUGUCUCUCACUGGUUUAACAUCCAGGUAAAGCUUCUCCCACUUUCAUCUCCUUCCGGACCGGAUCCCGCCGUGGAUCAGCUAUAAGGACCACAGCAUCCUCUGUGCUGCACUCCGCCCGGCAUCGUCAGCUGUUGCUCAAUGAGAGAGUGGGAUAGUGAAGGGGAACACAGAGGCCGGACUAUGCAGCUGAUUACCAAACGGUAACGUGCUUCAUCACCCCUGCAGGUCGAUUGGAUGCGAGCGGAGCUGCUUGACGAAUCCCCGAGUGUUUUCUGCCUUUUGUCGGUGCCGGAGGAGCUGUGCCAAUGGAGAAGGCAACUCCGCCACCUCACACCCAGCCACAGCCCCAGCCCCAGCUCCAGCUGUCCAUAGCGAAGAGUGAAAGUCCGGCCGAGGACAUCUCAGGUCUGACGGACGAGGAUCUGCUCAGGUGGACCAAAGAGGAGCUGGUGCGCCGGCUGAGGCGGUCUGAGGCCGAUAAGAUGAGCGUGAUUCUAGACCACGGGAAUCUCAUCCGAGAGGUCAACCGCAGCCUCCAGCUGCACCUAAACGAGAUCAGGGGGCUGAAGGACAUCAACCAGAAGCUGCAAGAGGACAAUCGUGAGCUGCGGGACUUAUGCUGUUUCUUAGAUGAUGACCGUCAGAAAGGAAAGCGUGUGUCAAGGGAGUGGCAGCGUCUGGGACGGUACAGCGCCAGCAUCAUGCGCAAGGAGGUGACUCUUUAUCUGCAGAAGCUCAAGGAGUUGGAGUUCAGACAAGAGGAGGUGAUCCGGGAGAAUCUGGAACUCAAGGAGCUCUGCCUGUUGCUGGAUGACGAGAAGGGGGUUUUGGGUGGAGGAGGGGGUGUUAUAGGGGGAGGUGGAAAUGGAGGAGGUGUGGGGAUGGGAGGAUGCCGCAACUCAAUAGACAGCCAGAACAGCUUGCUGCUGGUACCAGGGCAGGGGCUUCUCAUGAGAGACGUGGGGGAUGGGAGCAGCACCUCGAGUGCAGGGAGCGCUGACAGCUCGGACCAUCCUCACCAAAAACAGGCUCCCCUCUCUGCAGGAGUGGGCUGUGUUGGAAGCAGUGGGGAAAAAGGCAGCCCUGAACUUUUGCACAAACCCAGGUGUAGCAGCAUCAGUGGAACAGGCGGAGCAGAAAGAGAUGUGUCCAGUCCUGAGCUCCCGGCUGGGCGCCACCGGAGCACGAGCCUUGAGUAUCCUUACACGCUGCCCCAGUUCUGCCGACCCCGCUGUGGCUCCAUAUCCGUCCCGGAUCACAGUCGGGUCAUGCGGGGCCUGAGCCCGGAAAAAUACGGGCGGAACAUAGGCCAUCGCAGCCCGGAGCAGCAUCCCAAGCACCACACUUCGGAUCUAAUUCUGGGCCAAAGGCAGCACUUCCUGGGUCAAGGAGGCAGCGGGGAGCUUUAUCAGAAGUACAAGAGGAGCAGUAUUAGCACCACGGGCUGUGGGAGUCCCGAGCCCCGGCAUGCACAUUUGGGGGUCAGCGAGCAUCACGAAAAGGGCUGCAUGGUCCACAGUGGCAGCCCUGAAACUCACAGGCACCAGUACAGUGUGAGCCCGGACCACUCAAAGUUUGGCAGCCCUGUGAGGGAGGGGCAGAGGAGGCCAGCAGGUGAUGAGCUGUCACCACACCAUCGGAGCAUCUACAAUGGCAUGAACGGUAGCUUUGAUAUCAGCAGGCUGCUGCACCAACAACUGCAGAAAUGUCAAGCUAUGGGACAGCUUUGAUGCCUCCUCUUGACAACUCGGGCACCCAUGCCUCUGCAAAGAAAGAGGGGUGGUAGUGGGGCAGCCCUCCCGUGACUCUGGGCUUGACAGACUUCAGGGCCUCUGGAAGCCACCCUCCAUGGCUCCGGACUGUUUGUAGUCCCAGACCUCUUCCAUGUGCACAGCCCUUAAAACAGCCUGCCUCCAUGUUUUCAUUUCUACAUAUCAAGAGUUUGAGUGGAUGUGGAAUGGGAGGGUUUCUUCUGUUUUUGAUGAGAAUGCUAAUGAUUAUUUGGAAGACCCAUGAGGACUGCCAUGGUUAAAUGGAUCAGAGUCGACAUCUCUCAAUGCCAGCUGCAUUAUCGCUAACUCCUGGAGAGAACACAGGGAGGGUGGAUGGGGAUCGGGGACUUUGCACUGUUUGUGCUGCUACCCUCUGUUUACAAAUGUAGAUUAUGAUUGGAGAAGCACACGAAACUUUCAAUACAUUGUUAAGUCACUUCUUUUCCCACACUGUUUGCUCUCUCCCUUACCCCCGCUCUCUCUGUCCUCCACCUAAUCUUUAGCAAUUUAUUACCUUCAACAUGUUUAACGAGACUGCUGUAAUCUAAUGUUCUAAAUCUCAGUCUCCAAAUCCAGACGAUUACUAGGCCGUCAUCAAUACUCGUCAAAACAUCACCACUCUGGCCAUUUGAACUCAAUGUAAAAACACAUUUUUUUCUCAAAGAUAAUAUGGCAAAGAAAAAAAAAAACAACUCUUCCUGUGUCUUAAACCAAGUUGGUCAACAUUACUAGCUGCUGACAGAUGUUCUAGUUCUACAAAAUGCAAUGAUCAGGUGUAAUUUUUCUUUUUUGUAUUAUCUUAUGCUCCCUUAAAGCGCCUAUAUUGAAGCUGGGUAGAAGGUGAUAUGUUGUCUAUAUUGCUUUUUUUGUUUGUUUGUUUUUUACAAGGAAGUGACGUCCAAGUAAAAAGUAGAUUAUUGGAUUAGUUUUCUAUAUAUCUCUACAUACAAAUAUAAUAUGAUUAUUAUUUUUGACUUACUGGUAUUAGAACUAUUAUAUGAAAAUGCAUAUGGUAUAUCAAAUAAUAAACAGAAGUGUUUAUCUAAAA